AUGCUUGAAGAGGAUGAAAAGGCUGAGGAUGUUGAUGAAGGUGCCGGUGUAGGACCCGUGUCCCUCGCCGAAGUUCCUUCGCAGGGUCAUGUUGUGGUCAAUGGGGUUGAACUGCAUCCCGGGUGUACCCUUAAGACCCUAAGGUCGGCCUGUGAGGUUCUUGGAAUAGGCAAGUCCGGAGGAAAGCAGACGGUCUUUGCGAGGAUCGAGCAACACUUGAAAACCCAGGAGUUGCUGCAACAACAUGCUUUCCAGACUGAUGGUGUGCCAUUGCCGCUUGAACAAAAGUUUGUCGAAGAGCCAACUGCAGAGCAGAAGCGACGGCACGAGCUCAGUCAUGUGCCGUAUGCCGAUUGGUGCCCACACUGUGUAAAGUUCCGCGCCAAAGCCGACAAACAUGUGUCGAGCAAACCUGAGCUGCGGGACGAUUCGGUGUGCAGCUUCGAUUUUGCUUAUACAGGACGGAGCAGCCCAGCUGAGUUUGAAGGUGCGUCAAAGGACAAGCUUGUUUGCCUUGUGAUCAAGGACUCCCACACUGGAGCGAUGCAUGCUGUGCCAACGCCAGCCAAGGGCGGACCGGUUGCUUUCAAGUAUCUUGUUGCCGAAGUUUGUCGGUUCUUGAAUUACUGUGGGCAUGAGUCCGUCACGAUCAGGUCUGACGGUGAGCCAGCUUGCUUAGCACUUCAGCAGGGCAUUAAAGCUUUUAGGACCAAGAUGGGGUUACGCACCCACUUGGAACAGACCGAGCCAGGUGACCACCAGUCAAACCCGUCUGAACAGGCCAUUGAUAGCAUCCGGCAGCUUGCAGGAUGCAUUCUUGACCAGUUUGAGGAGCGUGCCCAGACAACUGUAGGUGCAAUGCACCCGCUGCACGGCUAUGCUUGGAGACACGCGGCAUGGCUUCACAUGCGAAUGUCGCGGCACAACGAUCUCAGUGCGUUUCAAGUGAUCAAUGGCCGGCCGUAUGCAGGGAAACUCGUUUGCUUCGGGGAAAAUGUUUACGCGAGAGUCAAGAGCAGUGUCAAAGGAAAAGCACGCUGGUGCAAAAUGCUUUGGCUUGGAAAACUUCCUGUAUCGGACCUGCACUUUGGAGUCACCGAGGGAGGAUUCAUGCUGUCCUCAAGGUCCGUUAGACGGUUGCCAAAGCAAUAUGAUUCAUCCUUGUGCGCCAAGCUGCGCGACAUGCCUUGGAGCCAAGCGUCUUUUCUUGCAGGCCAAGUUGGUCAAGCACGCAAGCAGAAAACGCUUGAGAGUGAUGAGGGUGCCGGAACCGAGCCUCAGGUUGAGCAGCAAGCCGAAGUGCCUUCACAAGCAGGUGCGGCGGAGAAUCCUUUGCCGUUUCCGGGUCAUCUGUUGCCCGACGAUGCAAUGCUGCAAGAGUUUGUGCCACCGCUGCCCCGAGAGCCAGUGUUGCAUUCACCUGAGCCGCCCACGCCUGUAGCGGCCACUCCAGGGCAGCAAGCAGAAACGCCGAUGCAAGUUGAAACGGCCUCGCCACUUGUGUCGUUCGAUGAUGGGCCUGGGAUUGCUUCUUCGUCCUCUGGGAUAGCACGUCCUGCGACUGAGGAAGCAGGCGGGGAAGCUCCAGCCCGAAAGAAACUUCGUCUUGAUGCUGUUCAGACAAGUGCAUAUGACUGUGAGAUGUUCCAUCAUGAUGAGGCUCCAGAGCUUCUUGAUGAAAGUGCAGAGCAGUUUCUUGACUGUCAGGAUGAGUCCAUUUGGGACACCGAUGAUUGGGCUGAUGACUCAGCCAAUGCACCUGGCAUCCCGAGUAUUUUGAUUAAGCCUUUCAGUGAAACUGAGCCAGUGUGCGAUGCAUCCGAGCUUGAAGCCAUUGAUGCUGCAGCAGAUUCCUUUGAGCUUGAGCGGUUGACAAAGGCCGGUGUUCUUGAACAAAGUGAGUCCUGGCUUGAAGGGCAUCGGACAUUGUCUUCAAAGUACGUUCGCACCUGGAGGCCCAAAGUGAUCAAUCAGGAGCGCGUUUGGUUGCGCAGAGCCAGGUUGGUUGCGCGCGAAUUUGCGCACCUAGAUCCGGGCAGGCAACACUUGUUUGCACCGACGACGACCCAGUGCAUGCUGAGAAUUGUUCCAUCGCUUUUCAUUCGCAACUUUGGGGACGGUUGGUCUCUACUGAGUCUUGAUGUGUCUGACGCUUUCUUGCAGUGCAAGCAACAGCAUGAUACCUUGACAAAAGUUGAUGGAAAAUGGUAUAAACUUUUCCGAAUGCUGCCUGGGCAACGGGACGGAUCUGCUACCUGGUUUCAAGAUUUUAUGUGUGAGAUCCGCACAGCUGUUGCUGCUGAGCCAUUGGCAGAGCAGCCAGUGUUGUUUCGCAUCCCACAUGCGGAAGGCAACCACAAGUGCCAAGGAGGUGGAAUGGUGCAUGUAGACGACAUGCUUGCGGCAGGAUUGACCGCACGCCUUCAGGAGCUUGAGAAUCACUUGAAGUCAAAGUUCAAAGUGUCCAGUGAAUGGAUCCGCCAAGUCGGCGACGAGGUUUCCUUCUUGAAGCGGCGACUGAUCCUAGUCAGCCCCAAUUUGCUGGUUGUUGAGCCUGAUAUCAAAUAUCUUGAGAAACUCUUGAAGAUCGCUGGACUAGAUGGUGCCAAGGAGCGGUACAAGGCGGCCCCGUUCCCGACUGGAGGCCUGCCGACAGACCUUUCAUCGGACCGCGAGCUGAACUCAGAGUCAGCAUCAAAGUAUCGCUCAGCACUUGGUAUCCUAAUGUCGCUUGGGAAUCGCCAAGGAGUCGGACGGACUCGCCACAUCGACGGAAAGCUGUUGUGGCUUCAGCAGAUGACUCAGGAAAAGAUGCUGGACAUUUCACCGGUUGGAACCGCGGAGAAUGUUGGUGACCUUCCCACGAAGCCGCUAAAGCCGGAGAGAGUUGAGUUCAUCCUUGCACGGUUGAAUGUUCGUGACAAGGAUUGCGGCUAUGCCUUGGUUGGGAACGCCCAUUUGCUUGAUCACAGGACGCGACAUCAUGUGAGUCGCAUUGUGAAGCGAGGAGCAGUCAACCCACAGCUUGUGCUUCAGAUCCUUGCAUUGGCGUUGCAAGCAGAUUCUGUCGCCAGUGCCGAUGAUGAGCCCAAUACGCAUCGCGAUGACGCCUUGAGCCAGGGGACUGGCGAGCACGGUUACGGGGAGAUGUUUUGGAAUUUUCUUGAACAGUUGCUGUAUGCGAUUUUCUUGAUUGCUGAUUUCCUUGCAGAGCAUCCCAUGCCGAGUUUUAUCGUGAGCCAAUGCGUUAUCAUUGCAGUGCUGUGUGGUAUCUUCUUGUGCCGUGGAAACAGGCCAGAAAGGUUGCAUGAGAAGGCAAGUGAGGCAGCUGCGUGCAGCGAUGGCAGCGCGCCGCAGGUGAUGCCGGGUGUGUGCGUCAAUGUGACGGUCGAGGGAGCCAAAGUUUCGGUUGAUAGUGUAGUCCCGAAACCUGCCGAAAGCCCUAAUCCUUGCGCCUUGGCCAGCCCUAAGAGUAGUGCCAGGCCGUGCAGUGCGAGUGUGCUUGGACAGAGCAGCGGCCGAGCUGCUGAUGACCAUGAUGCUCCCGACCCGACAGCGCGAUCAUGCAAUGGACCUGCGGUGCAGCCAAAAGCGCCGGUGCAGCCGAAAGCACCGAACCCAGCAGUCGCAUGUGCAUCUGUACUUGACCAGCGUAUCAGAGAUGAGCUUGAUCAGCAGAUAGUGUGGGUGACUAAGUCGCGUGGUUAUGCAUACCAUGGCCGCCGGAGUUGCGGCAACUUGCAUAAUGCCAAAGCACUUGAGCGUCUUACGCGUGGAGAGGCAGUGCGCCGAGGCUUUAAGCCAUGCAAAGCUUGCUACGGUGGCUGA